AUGGACAUUUUAGACGCGCUGGCGCCUCUAAACCACUUCUGCCAACUGUGCAACCUGACAGCUUGGCGAAUAAGCCAGCAUGAGCAUCGUUUGCAACGCUCCCGCUGGCUGGAGCUCUAUACCUGGACAGUGCUGGGCUUGGCCAGCGUCUACACCACCUAUGGGAUAUUCGGCGAGGACGUGUGCAGCACCAAGAGUGCAGACGAUGCGGGCUACACAAUGGACGACAUUCAAUUGCUGGGAAUGCGUAUCGCUCACGCUGUUGCAUUGCUCGAGACGGUGUGGAAGCGUGCCACAAAGCGCGACUUCUACGCCGAAGUCCAAGUGAUCGAUCGCCUCUUCCAUGACGCACUUAACGUAAGUGCAGAGAAUAAAAAGCUGCGACGGCUCACGACACGACGUGCUGCAAUUAUGUUCUGUUGCUAUGCGAUCAGCCAGGGCUUCAUAAUGCUUACCAAAAUACUGUUAUCAACGCCAGAGUUUCCGGUUUACUGGUUCUGCUAUCUGCUGCCCAUGCUAGUCUCCGGUCUGCGAUACUUUCAGAUCUUUACGGCCGUGCUCAUCGUUCGCCUGCGCCUGGAACUGAUGGUCCGUGUACUAGAAAAAUUGCGACUAAGGACACAGCCGACUAAAAGCGUCGAUGGCGAUGCCCAUGCCGUGGGCCUAAUUGCCAUUCGUCGCUUGCUGGUGGUACGUCAGCUCUAUGAGCACCUGUGGAGGUUGGUCGGUCUGCUCAAUCGGUGCUAUGGUCUGUCUAUGCUGUUCCAAGUAGGCAACGACUUUCUAGCCAUCACAUCCAACUGCUAUUGGAUCUUUCUGAACUUCAAGAAGUUCACCUCAUCACCGGUGGAGUUUCUGCAGGUUGUUGCGAGCACCCUUUGGUCUGCGCCGCAUCUAGUUAAUGUCCUGGUUCUGGCUCUGAUGUGUGAAAAUGCCUCACAGUAUCCAACACGCCUGGCCGUCAGCUUACACCGAAUCCAGUUGGAUCUUGAGAACGAUAAUCACAACGCCUUGGUCACCCAAUUUUCCCUGCAGCUAGUACACCAACGUCUUACCUUCAGUGCCGCCGGUUUCUUCACUGUCGAUUGUACAUUACUUUAUACGAUUGUGGGUGCAACGACAACCUACCUGAUAAUUCUUAUACAAUUUCAUAUGAGUGAGAACUUUGGUUCGCUUUAA